AUGCCAUCCUCGGAUAACCAAGUCAAUGAGGCUGCCGAUGCGUCACGUAGCCGGUUCUCUAAAGACUUGGUGGUUGUCUCCGCGUACAGGCCAAACCCCCCGGGUAAGGGCGAAUCUACGGUAUGGGCGCAACCCCGCAGCUUCUUCCGCUCUCAAGGCAGACAGCGUGAUCCAAGGGAGGCGUUUAUGGUGGACCUUUUACGUGCGAUCACCCAAUGGCGCGACGAAGGGUGCGAAGUGAUCGUGGGCGUGGACGCUAAUGAGGAUGUCUCCUCAUACCAGGAUUCCUCUUUUCGCCAGCGACUUUGUGGCAUAGGAUUGGAGGAAGCAAUCCUACAACGUCAUCCAAGUCGAACUGCGGCAACCCAGCAUCGCAACAAACGUGGCAGACCCAUUGAUGGUAUUUUUGCAACUUCCGGAGUGGUGAUUAAAGCGGGUGGUUACUACAACUUUGAUGAAUUUUUCUCCUGUGAUCAUCGCGGUCUGUGGAUCGAUAUUGAUUUGGAACGGUCCCUUGGCAGCUAUCGUCCGGAGAAGACACCAUAUAAGCCUCGCAAAUUAACGAUGCUUGACACUGCGGCCGUUCGUUGCUAUCUCCAGCUGGUUCACCAAGGCUAUGACGUGUACUCCAUUCCAUCGCGGUUGGAGCAGCUUCAUAGACGAUUAACAUUAAACAGUGGGAUUAUGACUGAGAAAAUGGGACGCCAGUAUAACUGCUUGCACAAGCAGACGUACGAUAUUUGUCGGAAAGCGGAAGCGAGGUGUCGAAGGGUUACGAAUGGGGCUGUCCCGUGGUCUCCUCAGAUCCAAAACUUUUGGGACCGCCAGUCCCUCUGGAAGCUACUGCUGAAGGGAAGGAAGCAAUGUCGAGUCAGCUCGCGGAAAAUCCGUCGCCUUAUGAAGAAGACUAAGUUGCCCGACGCCUGGAAGAAGACUACGGCUGAAUUGGAGACGGCAUUGCGUAAUGACAGGAAAGAGUACUUGCAUGCCAAGAAAAACCACGCGGUUACAUGGCGCAAGGAGUUCUUGACUAUUCAAGUGAAGCAAUCUAAGAAGAAACAAUGGACAUCGCGCAAGGCUAGAGAUCGCUUUUUGAGGUUACGGCGGAUGAAGCAACGAGAGGAGGUGAGACGCCGCCGCCGCGCCCAGUCAAAAGGAUCUACCGGUGGUUUGCAAGCGAUUCAAGUUGAGGAGCAGUUACCUACCGGACAAGUGGACCUUCGAACUCUCACUGACCGGAGACAAGUUGAGCAAGGGUGCAUGCAGGAAAAUCGCGCACGGUACGACCAGACUCGAUCGCCCUAUACGACUCCUCCCAUGGACGAACCCUUGUAUUCAAUGUUCACCGGGGCGGAUGCAGAGAGGAACUCCCACGCCCUUCUGGAGGGCCGCCUUCCAAUGCCGGAUGGGAUUGAUUCUUACACUCAGUCAUUCCUGGAACAGUGCCGUUUCCAUCAAGGGCACUCUAUGAUCCCGAUGGAAGUGUCGCCGGACGAUCAUACUUACUUCUGGUCCCGUAAUCCAGAGAAUAAGGGCUCGGAACCACAUGGGCUUCAUAACGGGCAUUUCAAGGCUGGGAUCUAUUCUCCUACGGUGGCCCAAUGCGACGCUCUCUUCCGCCACGUACCCUUGACAACUGGGUUUGUCCCUGACAACUGGCGGCAUCUGAUGAAAAGAAGCCUGGAGACUUUCGGCUGA